AUGGAGCCAGCACCAGGGUGUUAUCGUAUUUGUUUGGCAUCAGACUUCUUUUAUCCGAAUAUGGGAGGAGUUGAAUUUCAUCAAUACCAAAUUGCACAUUUUUUUGUAAAACAUGGACAUAAAGUUGUUGUCAUAACACAUCAAUAUGGGAAUAGAACAGGGGUAAGAGUGUUAAAAAAUGGAAUUAAAGUAUAUUAUUUACCAUUACUUCGAAUGUUUAAUGAAUGUUGUUUUCCAACUGGAAUGAGUGAACAUGCAUUGAUUAGAAAUAUAUUAAUAAGAGAACAAAUUCAAAUAUUACAUGCACAUCAGUCUUUUUCAGCAAUAAGUCUUGAAUCAAUGUUUUUUGCAAGAUUACUAGGAAUUAGAGUUUUUCUUACUGAACAUUCAUUAUUUGGAUUAAAAGGACUUGCAAGUAUUAUGUUAAAUUCAGUACUUCAAUAUUCACUAGCAAAUAGUGAUGGGGCAAUUGCAGUGUCACAUUGUACUAAAGAGAAUAUGUGUAUUAGAGCAAAAAGAGAUCCAACGAAGAUAUAUGUUAUUCCAAAUGCGUUAGAAUCAAGUAAAUUUCAACCAGAUAUAAGUAAAAGAGAUCCAAAUAAUAUUAAUAUUGUUAUUUUAAGUAGAUUAGUAUAUCGUAAAGGUAUUGAUUUAGCUGUUGGAAUUAUUCCAUAUAUUUGUUCUAAAUAUCCUAAAGUAAAUUUCAUUGUUGGAGGAAAUGGACCAAUGAUGUUAAAUUUUGAAGAAAUGAGAGAAAAGUAUCAAUUACAAAGUAGAGUAAAAUUACUUGGUGCUAUUCAACAUUGUGAAACUCGUGAUGUAUUAGUUCAAGGUGAUAUUUUUUUAAAUUGUUCUUUAACAGAAGGUUUUUGUAUUGCAAUUAUUGAAGCAUUAAGUUGUGGGUUACAUGUUAUUUCAACUCAUGUUGGUGGUAUUAAAGAAGUACUUCCAAAUAGUUUAAUUAAAUAUUCAAUGCCAACAGUUGAAGAUUUAUGUAAAAAAGUUGAAGAAGUAAUUCCAAUUUGUAAAGAAGAACGUUCUUGGGAAUUUCAUAAUGCAGUAAAAUCGUUUUAUUCAUGGGAAAGAGUUGCAACUCGUACAGAACAAGUUUAUCAUGAAGUUCUUCAAAAGCCACAAGAUGAUCUUCCCAGUCAUUUCAAUAAAAUGUAUUAUGAAGGUGUUUAUUCAGGUCCUUUUAUGUUUUUCUUACAUUAUUUCUUAUUAUUAAUUUCUUGUUUCCUUAACUUUAUCUGGCCUAAAGAAUCUAUUGAAAAAGCUUAUGAAAUUCCAAGAAAAUGUUAUAGAAAUGGAUUGAUUAGUGAAACUGGUGAAGAAAAAAGAACUAAAUAA